UCUUCUUACGGGACAACCAGACUGAACACAUUAUGUCAGCGAUGGGGCAGCGAUAAGCAAACAGGAACUGUUUAGCGACGCUGAAAUCGUACACCAAAGACUUGCUGGGAUUAGUUGAUCAAUCUGUUCUACUUAAAUGGUCCACUCCACAUGGAGCCAACAAAUCUCCAGAAAGCUAUUGCUGUUGCACAAAAAGCUUCACAGGAGGACCAGGCUGGAAACUAUGAGGAGGCCAUUCGAUCCUACCAGCACGCCGUCAAGUAUUUUCUUCACAUUUUGAAACGUGAACCUCAAGGGAAAGAUGGCAACCAGAAGAUUAGAGAUACAUGUAAACAGUAUUUGGACAGAGUGGAACAUCUACAAGAGUAUCUAGAUAAUAAAGAGAAAGCGAUUGAUCUCGCCAGCAAGGCAGCUCAGGAGGAUAAAGCUCAGAACUUCGAGGAGGCACUGCGUCUCUAUCAGGCUGCUGUUCAGUACUUUCUUCAUGUGGUAAAAUAUGAGGCCCAAGGAGACAAAGCAAAACAGAGCAUCAGAGCAAAGUGUGCAGAGUACCUGGACAGAGCAGAGAAACUGAAGGAGUAUCUGAAGAAGAAAGAAAAAGCUCCUCCUGCUAAACCUGUCAAAGAGUCGCAGUCCGAUGACAAAGGGAAUGAAAGUGAUGAGGGGGAUGAUCCAGAGAAAAAGAAAUUCCAAAAUCAACUCUCAGGUGCAAUCGUUAUGGAGAAGCCUAACAUCAAAUGGGAUGAUGUUGCUGGUUUAGAGGGAGCCAAGGAGGCUUUAAAAGAGGCUGUUAUUCUUCCAAUCAAAUUCCCCCACCUUUUCACAGGAAAGAGAACUCCAUGGAGAGGGAUCUUGCUCUUUGGGCCUCCUGGUACAGGAAAGUCUUACCUAGCUAAGGCCGUGGCAACAGAGGCGAAUAACUCAACCUUCUUCUCAAUCUCUUCAUCGGACCUUGUCUCCAAAUGGCUUGGAGAGAGUGAAAAGUUGGUGAAGAAUCUUUUCAGCCUUGCGAGGGAGAAUAAGCCUUCAAUCAUCUUUAUUGAUGAGAUUGACUCGUUGUGCGGUUCAAGGAGUGAAAACGAGAGUGAAGCUGCUCGCCGAAUUAAAACAGAGUUCCUGGUUCAAAUGCAGGGUGUGGGUAAUGACAAUGAGGGAGUGCUAGUGCUGGGAGCCACAAACAUCCCCUGGACUCUAGACUCUGCCAUUAGAAGACGAUUUGAGAAGAGGAUCUACAUACCGCUGCCUGAGGAGCAUGCCCGCUCUUUCAUGUUCAAACUCAAUCUCGGCUCGACCCCCAACAGUCUCACUGAAUCAGAUUUUGCAGCUCUGGGGAAGAAGACAAGCGGUUACUCAGGAGCAGACAUCAGCGUCAUGGUCAGAGACGCUCUAAUGCAGCCUGUUCGAAAGGUCCAGUCAGCAACCCACUUCAAACGGGUACGAGGUCAAUCCAGAACUGAUCCAAAUGUUAUCAAUGAUGACCUUUUGACUCCAUGCUCUCCUGGUGAUCCCAACGCAAUUGAAAUGACCUGGAUGGAGGUUCCUGGAGAGAAGCUAAUGGAACCAGUCGUGUCCAUGCCUGACAUGCUGAGAUCUCUGUCCAACACAAAGCCAACAGUCAACGAACAGGACUUGGAGAAACUGAAAAAAUUUACAGAAGACUUUGGACAGGAAGGCUAGAUUGGAUCCAAAGAGCCAAACCAAAGCAAUGAAAGUGUGAUUGUCUCUUUACUGUUUAUGACCCUUUUUUCUCUCUCUCUGUCUCAUCCUUAUUCUCUAAGCCCCAUGGGUUACCUAAGUACAAACUUAAAAAGGGUGGAAGAUAUUUUUUUUUUAUGUCCAUUCCAGUCCAAACUCAAAAGCUUGCUACAUAUAGUUGUCUUGUUUAAACGUAAAAGAGCCCACAUUGGAAACUUCAGAGUUUAAUUUGGUGUAAGCACUAGAGCCCUAAAUUAUUUAUCAUCAGAAUAUUAAAACAGGUUUGAGAAACCUAUAAGACAUACACCAUUAUUGCAAGUUGGGUACUUCAAACUAGAACUUGCAUUUGUGUUUUGGUUUUACAGGCUACUUCCAACUCCAUUAUAGUUUUUCAUAAACCCUAUUUUAAUAAGGUAAUUCAUAUAUUGUAUGCCCUAUCCUGUAGGUCAAGGAAUGCAUAAGUCUUGCAGUGUAAAUCAAAGACAUUAUCUUCAUAUGUUUUGGAUGUGAAACAUUCUUGUCCGAGAAUGGUUGUGAUUAUAAAAUUUGUAAGACAGACUUGGAUGCAAAUGCCUGGAUGGAUUUUUUGAUGCAGUUUUGAAGGAAAUUAGUUGCAGGUAAAUGUGUUUAGUCAUUCAUUAUUUAAAAUUAACAUGGGCCUUAAAAAGUAUCACCACUGUGGGUAAACCAGCAUUAUUUCACCAUUCCUGAAGGACCUAAAGCUUUGAAUUAUUUCACAACUCAGUAAGGCUUUCUUUCUAUACACAACUGUACAUAAUCAUUUAUACUAAAAGGCUUUGCUGAUGAUCCUUGAAAGCUUAAAAAAAUCUAGGCCUUAUAUUGGAAUAAAAUAUAUUUCGUUUAAGCAAGAUUGAGAGGUAAAAGGUGGACAUUGAUGGCUCAGAUAAGAUGACCUUGUGUACCUAACAGAAAUGACUUGCGGUUUGCACCAUGUGCCUUCCAGAAAAAAAUGCAUGUUUUUUUUUUAUUGGUUUAUUACUAAAUUAAGUCAUACUUCUAAUAUAUAUCAAGUGCUUUGUCACUACAACUAAGAAAUGUACAAUGUAUGUGCAUUUCAACAAUGCUCUUUUAGAAAUUGUAUACAAAUGUACUUUGUUGCUGUUGAGAGGUGGAAACUGUCUCCUGUAAUUUUUUUUUAAGGGGGAUGUUUUAUUUUACAGUGUAUGUCUACACAUUUAUGUAACCAACUCUUGGGCCUUUUAUUGCGAGAAGAGGUACCUGAUGCAUCCAAUGUUUUCUUUUUCAUUUCUUUAGUGUAAAUAAAAGUUACAGCUAUACCAAAUGGUGUUUUUAUUUAAUGCACUGCAAAAGGAAUGUGUGAAAGUUGUAGAUUUAAAAGCUAAAUUUUGCGUUCCUUUUCAAAAAGUAACACUGCUGUGAUAUUGCUAUUAAUUAGGACUUGCAGCUACUUAAAAUUCAAAAUUCUGUUUUUCAAAAGUUUUAAAGAAUGCUUAUUCAAUUUUAAUGCUAAUAAGUUACCUAUUAAAGCUUUUUGAAGGGUGGGCUUCUGAGGGAAGUAUGUGUUUGGUUGUGUAUAAGAUUUACCAUGCAAGAACCACCACUGAGCUGAAUAUGUUGUGUAGCCCUAUCAUUUCAAAUAAAAAUGCAUUUA